AUGGCGAAGGAGAAAAGACCCAACUUCCUCAUCAUCGUCGCCGACGAUCUCGGCUACAGCGACAUAGGUUGCUUUGGUUCCGAAAUCAACACCCCGAAUCUUGACAAGCUCGCACAGAAUGGCGCGCGCUUCACCAACUACUACACGGCCGCCGCCUGCAGCCCAACCCGCGCCAUGCUCCUCUCCGGCACCGACAACCACAUCGCUGGCCUGGGCAUCAUGAACGAGCAGAAAGGCAUGGAUCCCGAACGGUGGGACGUACCUGGGCACGAAGGCUACCUAAACCACUCCGUCGCCGCCCUCUCGGAACUCCUACAAGAUGGCGGCUACCACACCCUCAUGAGCGGCAAAUGGCAUCUAGGUCUCAAACCCGAACAUAACCCGCACGUCCGCGGUUUCGACCGCUCGUACGCGCUCCUUCCAGGUGGGUCAAACCAUUAUGGGUGGGAGCCGCAGCUCGAUCCAAAGGAAGACUGGAAAUUCUUCGGUGGCGGAACGACGCUGCUGUAUACCGAGGAUGGGGUGGAAUCUGUGCCGGAGGCCAACUUGGAGGCGAAUCCGGAUGGUUUCUUCAGCUCGGAUUCGUAUACGGAUAAGUUGAUCGGAUAUCUUGAUCAACGAACCGAAGAUGAGAAGGAGAAGCCAUUCUUUGCGUUCCUGCCUUUCUCGGCGCCGCAUUGGCCGUUGCAGUGUCCGAAAGAGAGUCGGGAGAAGUAUCGGGGGGUGUAUGACGAAGGACCGGAUGCGUUGCGACUUAAGAGGUUGGAGGCUUUGAAGAGGAUGGGGAUCGUGAAGGAGGAUGUAGUGCCUCAUGAGGUUGUCGCUCCUCCUGCUAUUCCGGAGUGGAAGGAUAUGACGGAGUAUCAGAGGAAGCAGUCCGCUGCGGCUAUGGAAGCUUAUGCCGGCAUGGUCGACAAUAUCGAUGUCAACCUCGGUAAAGUGUUUGAUUACCUCAAGAGCAUUGACAAGUUCGACGAUACGUUCAUCAUAUUCAUGUCCGACAACGGCGCAGAGGGCGCUGCCUACGAGGCGUUCCCCGUCAUGGGACCCAAUUUGAUGAGUAUCAUCGACGCCUAUUACGACAAUUCGGUGGAGAACAUUGGACAACCGAAUUCCUUCGUCUGGUACGGACCGAGGUGGGCUGCGGCGUCGACAGCUCCGUCGAGGAUGUAUAAGAUGUGGAGCACCGAGGGUGGUAUUAAGGUGCCGCUGGUCGUCCACUAUCCCGGUUUCGACAAGCAGAAGCAGGGUGGAGAGUUGAUCCGGUCGUUUGCCACUGUCAUGGACCUCUGUCCGACGAUCCUGGAACUGGCGGGUGUUCAGCAUCCUGCACCGCAGGGUAGCAAGGGCGUGUUCAGAGGUCGUGAGGUGGUGUCAAUGCGAGGCAAGUCUUGGGUUCCGUUCAUGACUGGUUCAGAAGCAAGCCAGACAGCACUGGAUGCCAUCCACGACGGGACGACCUCCAUGGGAUGGGAGCUCUUUGGCAGGGCAGCUGUACGACAAGGCCGAUGGAAGCUCGUGCAUGUCGGACCUCCUGCUAAAGGUCGUGAGGACGGAAAAUGGCAGCUCUAUGAUAUUGAGCAGGAUCCUGGCGAGAUCGAAGACUUGUCCGAAGGGAUGCCAAAGAAGUACGAUGAGAUGAUCAGCAUAUGGGAGGAGUACCGGCAAGCCACGGGUGUCGUCUGGGGAAUGUCCAUCAAGUUCGGGUUUGAUAAACCGAAGAGUAAGCCUGAGGAAGAGAGCGAUGAUCCCGUUACGCAGACUCAAGCGUGGAUGGAGGUGCGGAAGGAUAAGUCUCUCGAUGACACAGACAAAUGA